UUAUACUUCAUCAUCAUUAUGACCUAAACAGAAACCAUAUUAGUGUGAAAGUGCUUUAAAACAAAGUAGAUAAGAUGUUAUCAUAGAGUAAUUGUUCCUAUAGUGAUAAUGAUAACACCAGAUUACAUCCAGACAUCAGUUCCAAACUUUUAUUCGCACACACGUAUUCAUUUUGAUUACUUUAUUCUUGUGUAUACUUAUUGUUCUUUUUAAUUAUUCUUGAGACUGUUUACCUCGGGUGUCGGUGUCGGAACGGCAGUAAAAUGCAUUGGCGGUCAAUUUGUUGCCCAGUAUGCACUCCAUCGUCUCCAUCGGUGCCCCCUUCGAAAAGGACGUCACAUGUCAAUUUCAGGGUGGUGAAAAUGGCGGUGGUGAAAACGCAGUAUGGUGUGCUGCAAGGCUGUGUUUGUGAGGGCACGGAAGGGAAUUAUGUCGCGUUCAAGGGCAUACCAUACGCUAAGCCGCCAGUUGGAGCUCUCAGAUUCAAGGCUCCCGAACCCCCAGAGCCAUGGGAAGAUAUUCGCGACGCAACGCAACACGGCCCCGUCUGCCCGCAGUUCAACGAGCGGCUGGACCGCAUCGACCUCGGCAGCGAGGACUGCCUCUACCUCAAUGUCUACUCCAAGACGCUCACCCCCUACCACCUCCCCGUCAUGGUCUGGAUACACGGCGGCGGCUUCUACACCGGCUCCGGCAACUCUGACUUCUACGGCCCCGACUUCUUCAUGGCACACGACGUUAUACUCGUCACUUUCAACUACAGACUAGAAGUACUCGGAUUUCUAUCCUUGGAAACUGAAGAGGUUCCUGGCAAUGCGGGUCUCAAAGACCAAGUGGCAGCUUUAAAGUGGGUGAAGCAAAAUAUUGCCGCUUUCGGCGGCGACCCCAACAACGUGACCAUAUUCGGGUGCAGCGCAGGAGCGGCUUCCACGUCCUUACAUCUAGUAUCGAAAAUGAGCCAGGGGUUAUUCAAUAAGGCCAUUUGCCAAAGCGGCGUGUGCUUGAACGAAUGGGGUUACACUUUAUACGGCCGGAAAAGAGCAUUCCAGUUAGGAAAGCGACUGGGCCUAGAAACUGAUAAUCCACAAGAAUUAUUAGAGUUUUUAAGAACUGUGCCUGCUUCGUCUUUAAUUAGUAUUCAGUUACCUUUCAUAGAAUCUGAAUUGAGUGAUAUCGCUGAUGGUAUUUUGUUCGGUCCUGUCAUUGAAAAGUCUGAACUCAAUGUUGAAAAGUUCAUAACUGAUCUCCCUCCAGACUUGGUGAAAUAUGGGAAAAUUGCUAACGUUCCAAUCAUAGUUGGUUACACAUCUGGAGAAGGUAUUGAAAUAGCCAGAAAAUUGUCUACUUUGAUAGCAUUUUUACCCGUGCCUGGUGCAGUAGUGCCACGAGAAUUGAAGCUAAAAUGGGAAACUGACAAAAUCCAUGCGAUAGAUAAGAGAAUUAGGAAAAUAUACUUCGAUGGGAACGAAGUGAACCCGGAGAUGCUGCAGGAGGUAUCUAAUCUCGAGACUGAUAGGUUGUUUUCGUACAACAUCCGUAGAUAUGCUCGGUAUCACUGCUUGUACAACACAGAGCCGGUGUAUUUGUACAAGUUCACGCUAGAAACGGAACGAAACUUAACGAAGAAGUUGUACAAGAUGGAAAGUGUGAAAGGUGUGUGCCAUUCUGAUGAGCUGCACUAUUUGUUCCAUGUGACGUGGCUGGACAUACCGUUGACGGACGAGUCGAGGGGUGUUAUACGACAAGUAGUCAAAUUAUGGACAAACUUUGCUAAAACGGGGAAACCUACAACGGACAAUUUCACAGAAUGGAAACCGUUCUUCGAGACAGAACGAAACUGCUGCAUAAUCGCACCAAAGCUCGCCUGCGUACAAGACGUCGAUAGCGAACAUAUGAAGUUCUGGGAUGACAUCUAUGGAGAAGCGGAGAUAAAAAGACUGUAAUUUAAUUGUUGUUGUGUUAUUGCAAAAUUACUGUUAAAUGAAAUAUCG